AUGUCUUUCGGAGGAGGAGCAGGGCAAGGAAGAGGACAAGGCCAAGGACAACAUGGCGAAUCCAGUACCCCCUUUGAUCAAUUUCAAUUCCACGACCCCUCCACCCCCCUCUUCACCCCCUUCAACGGCUGGGAAGACGGCCACCCCCCCUGGCAGCAAAGCAGCCAGCAGCUAUUCUCCGAACCCACCGAUCCAUUCCUCGGCUUCCCCUCCCAUCAACCACAACCACAAGCACCAUCCUCAUACAUCAGCCCCUAUAUAAACAUAGCGGAUGACAAUCGCGUCGUGGAGCCUUUUGUUAAUCCCUGGGAUGUAUUUGGUGGUCCAGCUGCACUAGCACCCAUAGUGCGCGAAGAGGUGGUGCCGGAGAGGGAGACGCGAUGGUUGGGGCCGCAGCCGACGCAGAUACCGUUGGCGCAGCAGUUUGAGCGGGGUGUCAAUGAGUGGAGGGGGGAACGGCCGCCGACGGUGCAGGAGCAGAGGGGAAGGGCUGCCCAGAUGUUGAUGCCGAGGCAUAUGAUGGGGGUUGGGUUUGGGGAGGGGUAUGCGGAUGUGGGGGCGGGGGCGGGGGCGGGGAGUUAUGAUUAUGGGGGGAUGGGAAUGGGGAUGGAGAUGGGAAUGAGGAUGGGAAUGGGCAUGGGGAUGCAGGGGCCGUCGCAACAGUUUGGACCGUUGCAACAGCAACAGCAGCAAUAUCAAUAUCAACAGCAACCACAGCAGCAGCAACAACAACAGUACGCGCGUCAAAAUGUGAGUACGCCAAGACCUGCAAGAGGACAACCAUCUCAACAACCAAACAUACCACGACCACAAGCAGCUGGACCGGGACCCGGACGUACCGUUUGGGAACAGCAAAAUCUGAUUCGACCACCCGGACCACCUACCUGGAAAGAUACCCGAGCAUUUGGCGAAGGAGUUUUUGACGUCGGACUGAUCAAACAACUUGAGAGUGGAGAUUUCUCACAGCAUCCCAAUAUCGAAGCGAUAGACGAAGGACCCCGAAAACCCAAUGAAACGAUAACGGCCUGGAGAACGCGAGUUGUGACUUCGCGAAAGGCUCUCGGGAUAGAGAAUAGCGAGUUGCGCGCACGACCCUAUUCAUUCCCGACGACGGCCAAACAAGCUACUGACACGCCGGAACAAUUCAAAGCGCGAUUGGCGGCGCGAAGAAAAGUCAAGGCACAAUGGGAAAAAGAUAAGGAGGUGCAUAAGAAUAAGAUGGAUCAUACGCAUCAAGCCUUUGAUCCCGAAUAUGCCACACAGUAUCGAGCCGAGAAAGCCGCGCGGCAAUUUCAAAAUGCUAAGAGGAGAAAGACUGCAUUGUUGAUCGCGAGACGGAUUGCCGAAAGGGAUAAUUUGCCUCGACCUGGAACUCCUGAAUUACCCGAGGAUAGUAGUGAUGAGGAUCUUCCCGCGAUGCCACCCAAGGAUCGGGGAGCUUUUGCUGGAGGUCCUGGACCUAGACCUAAGCGAUGUUUGUAUUGUAAGCACAUGAGAAAACCAUGUACACUAGUAGUGGGAUCUCCUCGACCUUGUGAACGCUGCAAGCAACGUGGGAUUGUGUGCGAGAUUGCUCGCGAUCUCGCGGAUCCCAAUGCGGCGAAACCUGCCUGGAAAACGAAACCCAAGAAGAGAAAAGCGGUUGAAGAGGAAGAAGAAGAAGAGGAAGAAGAAGAAGAUGACGAGGAGGACGAAGAAGAUGAAGAACCCAUCUCCGCACAAGAAAAGGCAAGUCUUUUGAGAAAGAAAAGAGCGACAUUCAAUACACGAUCGAGAACACGCAAACCUCAGAGACAUGUACGAAGAAGAAGCGCUAGUCCCGAAGUUGAAAGCCUUCCUAGUAUACAAUGUAGACCUUGUAAAGAUCAAUCAAGGCCUUGUGAUGGCGAACGACCAUGCGGAACGUGUAGACUCAAUGGUACAGAAGACAUGUGCAGUCCCGUCUCCCAUUUUUCACGAUAUAGGGAACGCGACUAUCGAGAGGCAGGAGGAUCCCUGCAACCCGCAUUUUCAGGAGGGCAAUUUGACUGGGAGGAUAUGUUUGUCGAUUUAGAUGAUCCCAGUUUUGAUGUUGAAUGGGAGAAUUUGGUCGACACACCUGAAGCUGCUAAAAAAGCAAUUGAAUCUAUGGAUCUUGGUCCCAUGAUGAAUUACAGCUCAGCAGUAAUACAGGACUCAAUCGAGGCCGGUAAUCAAAAUAGCUUUUUCCAAGGGAAUGCGGAUAAUAGUCUUUUAGCCAUGGAACCUUACCAACCCACCCCAGGCGGCCCGUCAUACAAUCGUUUGGGUGUAGUUGUAGAACCCGAUGCGUCGUAUACCAGUCUUGCUCCAACAGGUCCUGAAUUCACCGCCGAACCAUUCGGUGAUGUGGCAUUCUAUAGCGACCAAACCUUCGGAGGAGAAGGUAUGGAUUUUGCGGAUUUUUUACCAGCGCCCGAAUACAGUGUUGAAAGACCGGACUACCCCGAUGACGGUAUAGAUGGAGUUUUGGAAGCAGUUGAACGACGACGCUCGGGAUUCGAGGCCGCCGCAGCACAAGAGGAUCCGGAUCCCGAUCCAUCCUUGAAAGGAUUACCACUCUCCGAUUACCGACGAGAAUGGGAACAAAAUUUGAAAGGCAUCAUGAAAAACAAACACUGUGACGAAGUAGUGGGAGUAGAUAUCUGCUUCAAAUCUCCGGCCAAACACUGCGAUUACCUUCAGCACGGCAUCGAAGGUGGUGAAUGGCAUCCCCUGUGUGCCUUGUCACAAAGAUCAGAAUGUUCGAGUGGCGGAUGCACAACAAACCGUGAUUAA